CGACACAUACCGACAUUUGAAAUACCGGCUAGCCGUCUCAAAUCGCGAAUGUAACCCAGAGAUGCUCUUGAGGCCCAGAGCUGAGUUCCUGUCUCUUGCUGAAGAACUCCAGUCGUAUAUUCUGAGUUUCCUUCCUUGCAAAGAUAUUUUGCGUUGUUCAUCCGUAUGCAAGGCACUUCGCCAGACGUACAUGUCCUCCUCCGAGCUUCAGUACGUCACUGAGCUCGGUGGCCAGCAGCUGCUCUUUGUUCCCGGCAUGGACCUUGACAACAACACUUCUAAUUUCAAGUGCCUGCAGCUUCUGAGGGACAAAGCCCAUGCAUGGUUCAAGUUGGACAUCCAUUCUUCCAAAACUGUCUUCAUACCAGAACCAUUCCGAAGGUAUACAAAUACAUUCCUCGUCCAUGGCCAUCUUCGCCUCUUCAAUGAAGUUCAACAGCUGGCUAAGAUUUUUCCAAUACUGCCAAAACCUGACCAACAAAUAAUUGAGCGCGAUUGGUGCCAGGAGAAAACUUGAUUGCCAUCGUAUAUGCUAAAAUCGGCUGGCCUGACAGCAAGGACAAUAUAUAUAUCGAUCUUGGAGUCCUGGAUGGAGAUGGAGCCCACCCCGAAGCUGCUGGACGAAC